UUAUUUUAUGAAGUUGGCAGUGUUGAUGAUAUCUCAGAAUCUUUAUCAAUUUUUUUCUCUUGACAUCAUAUUCAUAACAGUGACGUGAAAAGAUGUGUGUGUUUAAGUUAACUAUGCAUCACAGUGAUCGUCCAUAGCUAUUGAAUCAUAGAUUGGUUCUGUCCUUACACUAUAACGUCACAUGUCCGAUUUUAAUAUUAAAUCCUAACAGUUUCAGGAAUGUGCAUUACAUCGGAUAAGAUUCAGUAUAAUUAAUUUGUAGAUCUUGGACUAUUGUCUCGAUCGGAUUUUGUUUAAGCGACUCCAGAAUGAGACAAGAGACUCAAUUUAUAAAUUUAUGUGCUAAAUUUAUUUCUUCUAUACUUUCUUUUCCCCGCUUUAAAGAUUGAGACGUGAUUAAUUUGGCUAAUAGUUGCUUUAGAUAUUAUAAAAAUGUUUCAACAUGAAUUUACUUCUGAAAUAUUGGUGAAGUGAACGAACGACAGAGAACUUGCGUUGGUUUCAAUAUCUUUUAAGCAUUUUAUAUUAAAAAAAACUUACGCAACUGUCCAAAAUGAAGGAUGAAUCCAUGACUCAUAGUACACUUGCUUUAUUUUCUUUUCUUGGUUAUGAAUCACAUCAUCCAAUAAUACCUCCUCUGAAAAUUAAUCUAUUACAACACGCAAUAGUCCCACAUGCCACAUCGCGACAGUAUAAGCGAAUCUUUUUGCUUUUGGUCUUUUUUUUUAUAUGAUCAAAUCAAUCAUCAAAUAUCAUAAAAUGCGAAGUUAAAAAGUUAAUAUCCGACCAUAGAUUGUGAACUAUAAUAUCCAAACCUAAUUAACAUAAACUGAUAAACACACCUACUAAAAACCUCCAAAACUGUUAUCCAAGAGACAAAAGUACCAGCGUAAUAGGUUUGUUAUUGUCGAAAUAAGGCCAUAAGACUUUGGGUUAUUUUGGUAAUCUAGUUUCAGAAAAUCAAGUUUGUAAUUUUAAAAAGGUAUUUUUUGCGUAAAGUGUAUAGUAUACUGUGCAAGAUCCUGAUGUGAGUAUACAUCGACAUAAAACUAAUUACCCUAAAGUUGGUUAGGUAAUCGUUAUAUGAUUUUUAUUUGUUUGUAUCAAGCAAUAAACAUUUCCAACAUAAUCAAAUAUAGUAAGAUUGUUCAUAUCACUCGCACGAAAUAAUAGAAAAUGAAAAUUUCCUUUUCGUGAUUAUAGAUCUUGUAUCUACAAUAUGUUGAGAACGUCAAUAAUCCAAUGGUUAUUUAGUCAAUGGAAAUAUUUCUACGAUAUGUGUAUCAUAUUCGUUUUUAUGUCGAUUUAAGACGUAAAGUAUAGGCUUUUAGUUUGUCGUCAUCUUCUAUGAUGCAUGCCGAUUAGAUUAUUCACGUGCGUCUCAUUAGAUGAUCUCGUUGUUGACGGUAUACAUAGUUUCUGAAAUAUUAAAAGAAAAAGUUGGUAAUAUAAAUUACGGUGAAACAAAUUAGACGAUUUCUUUAUGUAAGGAAAUAUUACGAACUAAUUAAUUUACUUUGUUAUACUCUUUGCUUUCUUUCCAAAAUAGGUGACCAAAACGUUAUAGUCUGUAAUCUUUAUUUUUAUUUAUUUGUAAACUUAUAGUUUGUAAUCUUUCCUUACAAAAAGAAACUGAUCAAUCUUAAGGUUUUGAAUCGUUUUAUGAAACAAAAUUAAAAACUUAUAGUUUGUAAUCUUUCCUUACAAAAAGAAACUGAUCAAUCUUAAGGUUUUGAAUCGUUUUAUGAAACAAAAUUAAAAGAUCGAUAUCAAAUCUAGGCUAUAGAACAAAACUACAGACCUGACACACUUGCAUUAAUAUUUUUCGAGUCUUCAUUGGUCAAGCAACAAAUAUUUAAAUAAUACGGUGGAUAUGAGUUAAAGUUUGAAAAUAAAUCGACAUGCUCUUCGUGGAGAGAGACUUGUUUCUUUUGUCAUCUCUCUACUCUUUUUCAAUCUACUUUAUCAUUCUAAAUAUUUUCUAAUAGUAUUGUGGAAAAAAUAGGUCUUUUCACAUGCAUCCAUUGAAUAAAGACAAUGAGUUAUUAAGAGUUAAAUAAUGUCUUUGUCCCCUAAGUGAAGCCUUCUUCCUUAAGCUUCUCUCCUUCUUUAUAUAUCUCUCACUUUCACUCUCUCCAUCUCCAAGAAAACAGAUAGACACAAUGUUGUUCUCUAAGGAUCUUCCUUCACCCACCUCAAUUUUCACAGCCUACGCAUCAAUGGCUGGUUACAUGAUGAUGAUACGCUCAAUGGCCCACGAGCUCAUCCCAGCUCCAAUCCAAGAGUUCAUCUACUCCACUCUCCGCUCUCUCUUCUUCCGUUCUUCUUCCACGACUCUCACUCUAACCAUCGACGACGACAACAUGGGCAUGGACAACGAGAUCUACCUCGACGCUCAGACCUACCUCUCCACCAAGAUCAGUCCAGACGCGGUCAGGCUCAGAAUCAGCAAAGGCCACAAGGACAAACACGUCACUCUCCAUCUCAGCAACGGAGAAAUCGUCGUCGACGUGUUCCAAGACGUGGAGCUCACGUGGAGGUUUGUUACCGACGGGGGAGAGAAGACAAACGGUGACGACGAUGGUAAGAGCGAGUACUUCGAGCUGAGUUUCGACAAGAAGCACAGAGACUUGGUCAUAAACUCUUACGUUCCUUACAUCGAGAGCAAAGCUAAAGACAUCAACGACGAGAGGAGGAUCUUGAUGCUGCACUCUCUCAACUGCCUCCGAUGGGAAUCGGUUAUCCUCGAGCAUCCUUCCACCUUUGAGACGAUGGCGAUGGAAGAUGAGCUCAAGCGUGAAGUCAUCGACGAUCUUGAUCGGUUCAUUAGGAGGAAAGAGUUUUACAAGAGAGUAGGGAAAGCUUGGAAGAGGGGUUACUUGCUGUACGGACCACCCGGAACCGGGAAGUCUAGUUUGGUUGCAGCUAUGGCUAAUUACCUCAGGUUUGAUGUCUAUGAUCUUCAGCUGGCUAGUGUGAUGCGUGACGCUGACCUAAGGAGGCUCUUGCUUGCGACACGUAACCGGUCGAUUCUUGUCAUAGAAGAUAUCGACUGUGCAGUGGACUUGCCUAAUAGGUUAGAGAAACAGCCUGUUGAUGGCAAGAACCGUGGCGAGACUCAGGGACCAUUGACGUUAUCGGGGCUACUAAAUUUCAUAGACGGAUUAUGGUCAAGCUGUGGAGACGAGCGGAUUAUAAUAUUUACGACGAACCAUAAAGAUAGGCUUGACCCGGCAUUGCUACGUCCUGGUCGUAUGGACAUGCACAUUUACAUGGGACAUUGCUCUUUUCAAGGAUUCAAGACUUUAGCCUCUAACUAUUUGGGCUUGAACGACACCACAAUGCCACACCGUCUUUAUCCUGAGAUCGAGAGACUGAUGGAAGGGGACGUAAUUACGCCGGCACAAGUCGCAGAGGAGCUGAUGAAAAGUGAGGAUGUUGACGUGGCGCUUGAGGGUUUGGUGAAUGUGUUAGAGAAGAUGAGGUUUAAAGCUGGUGAAUCGAGUCCAGGGAUGAAGAAGAACGAGAGUAGAUUGGAGAUGGAGGAGAUGAAAUUAAGGCGUGAUUCGGAGGGUUCUCCGAAGAAAAACAGCAAGAGGAUUAAGAAACUUGUUCUGUUUUGGACUUAAGACGUGUGUCAGAAACUUGUAUGAUCCAGUAUUAGUUCAAAUAAGAUUAUGAGGAGACAAAAAUAGAUCGAAGAGGCUUACUAUUGUAAAAGUUAAAAGAAGUUUGGACUCUGAUAUAAGUUUGUUUUUUAAAAGAAAAAUCUUAUAUAUUUUAUAUAUAUGGUUAUAAAUCGUUGUAGACCCAUGAAGAAACAGGGAACUUCAUUUUUUUUCAUAUAAAAUAUAGCCUUUGGAGGAGCA